AUGGAGGCUGAAACAAGUUUCUCUCACAUUUCUUCUCCAAUCUUUGAUGGAGAAAAUUAUCAAUUAUGGGCUGUAAAAAUGGAGACUUAUUUGGAGGCGAUGGAUCUUUGGGAAGCUAUUGAAGAAGACUAUGAAGUCCAUCCUUUACCAAAUAAUCCAACAGUAGCUCAGAUCAAGAAUCAUAAAGAGAGAAAAACAAGAAAAUCGAAAGCAAAGGCUUGUCUAUUUGCAGCUGUUUCAACAACAAUAUUCACAAGGAUCAUGUCUCUUAAAUCAGCGAAAGAUGUAUGGGAUUAUUUAAAGAAGGAGUAUGCAGGAGAUGACAGAAUUCGUGGCAUGCAAAGUCUUAAUCUAAUAAGAGAAUUUGAACUACAAAUGAUGAAGGAUUCUGAAACCAUCAAAGAGUAUUCAGACAAAUUACUGGGAAUUGUCAACAAGGUAAGAUUACUAGGCACACUAUUCUCUGAUUGCAAAAUUGUAGAGAAAAUACUUGUAACUAUGCCUGAACGUUAUGAAGCAUCCAUAACCACCUUGGAGAAUACAAAGGAUCUGUCAAAGAUUACCUUGGCAGAAUUGAUAAAUGCUUUGCAGUCUCAAGAGCAACGACGACUUAUGAGGCAAGAUCAAGUUCCUGAAGGAGCUUUACAAGCAAAAUAUUCCGGUUCUGAUAAGAAGAAAUUCUUCAAGAAGAAUCAGGCGUCAAACAGUAGUAAGACUACUGUUAAUCAAUUCCAGAACAGAGGAAAAUUUCUUAAGAGAAACUUUCCACCAUGUCAACACUGCAACAAGUUAUGUCAUCCACCUUUCAAGUGCUGA